GCGCGCGCUCCCUGAAGCCCCGCCCCCGGACGACCGCGCCGCGUGCCUAGCAACGGCCCUCACGUGCUCUCGACCCUUCUGGCCUCGACUCUUUCCCCGAGGCGCGCGCGCCCUGGAGCUCCGCCCCCUGACGACAGCGCCGCGUGCCUAGCAACGGCUCGCGCGAGUUUACGGCAAGAUUCGUUGGAAUGAAUUUGGAGAUUAAGGGAGUUGCUGCAUCCCCCAGAGGGCAAAUUCAGCAGUCAUCUUUGACAAAGAAGCCUACGCAAGGAUGGCGUUACAAAUCAUGGAUUACUCAAACCCCUCGCCCUGCUGAUGUGCCGUACCUUGAUUUGGGGAAACUGGGAGAGUCUGAUGAUGAGGACGAAAUCCCCAAUAUUCCAUUCAGUCCAGCAUACUCUUAUAUCGGUUCUCCACUUCCACGUUUGGCUAUUGGUUUGUGCACUCCAGUACAAACCCCUCCUGCUCAAGAACAUCAGAAGGAAAAGUUUUCUCUAUGGGAGCAGAAGACAAUACCAGAGGAUUUGCCAUCCCCAUCAGACAAAUACAAAUUAAAAUAUCAGCAGUAUGAAGCUGAAAUGAAAGAUGGCUAUAGGACAUAUACUCAGCGAUCCACAGCUAAGAAAAACAAUGCCACAGCACAACAGUUGCCAAGGAAAAUAGAAAGAAAGAAUGCAAGAGAUGAAGAAAUGAUCAGUUCCAAUCUUGCAGCUCUGGACAAGAAAGUGCUCUUGCAGGAGGGCUGUACAAGCCAACCCGACAUCGUACAACAGAAAAUAAGGAAAUCACAAGCCGAAGAUGUAAUUGCAGAGAAGAGGAACCAAGCAGUAGAAGAACAAGUAAUGGCCGAUCACUUAUCUAGGGCUGUGAUCAGUGAACCAGAACAAGACACUUUGGUUAGUAAUCACCAAGGAGUUCAAACUCUUCCAGAUCUUGUCACAGCACCUCUGCGUUUUAGGAAAAGAAUGUUACAUGAAACUAAAAUUAGGACCAGUUCAACUUUAACUGAAAAUAUGCUUUCUAACAAAUUACGCUUUGAUUGUAGGAUCAUAUCCAGACACGGGCGCGAUGCUUGCAGAUUGCUGAUUGGACUAUUUUUUAUACAUGACAGUUCACUUACUGUUUAUGAAUAUCGACAGUUUGGCAAAAAUAGGACAAAUGCACUUCCAUUUAUUCAGAAAAAUAUUUAUAAUCAUCAAUGUGGACCAAGAAAAGGAAAGCAAUAUGAACUACACGACUUUUAUGUGGGGGCUAACCUGACUUUUUUCAGCUUCGAUCAUCCUAGCCUUCCAAAAAGUAUGAAAGAGAAUCCAGUAUUUACUCUUCGCAUUACAAAUAUUGAUGAAGUGGCUUUGAAUUCUCUCAAAACUACAUUUGUGAAGAACCAGGAAGAUCCAGUCCAACAAGAAACUGACAAGAGAGUCUUCAGAACAGUACAAGAUUCUGUGAAAGAGCAACUGCAUAAAAGAGAAGUUCAAACUUUGACCCGAAUGGGAAAAUACUUGCAUCAUCUAGACAAGAAGGGAAAUGGACUUCUGCAUAAGGCUGAUUUUAAGGAAGCUUUAAAAUUAUGUCACUUAGAAGUGGCAGAAAAAGACUUUGAAUCCAUGUGGUUAAUUCUGGAUCAUAAUGGUAAUGACGAAGUUGACUAUAGGGAAUUCAAACGGGCAGUUUUUGGUGAAAUGAAUGAAUAUCGACAAGCAUUUGUUCGAAAAGCCUAUAUGAAACUAGAUUGCAACAAAACUGGCAGCGUGUCUAUGGUAGAUAUUAGAAAAUGCUACUGUGCAAAAAAACAGCCACAAAUAACAACAGCUUAUACAACAGAGGAAGGGAUUAAAUCUUCGUUUCUAGAAAUCUUAGAGGACGCCUGCAGCAAACCCAAUGAAGUGUCCUAUUGUGAAUUUGAAGAUUACUAUGAAGGACUGAGUAUUGGGAUACUGGAUGAUGAAGAUUUUGUUAAUGUUCUAAGGAAUGCUUGGGGGAUUUAGAAUAGGAAAAUAUAUAAAAUAUCACUCGGUUCAUUUGGAAUGUAAAGCUGACUGAAUCAAGUGCUUCUGAAUACUUUUCAAAUAUUUUUCCAGUUUCACUGAAUUGUCAUUAGUUUAAUAAAGGAAGCUUCAUGUGGAGAAAAAUAUGCUGUAAACCAAAGAGACCCUUAUAUACGCAGAUGAAUGUCUUUAAGGUUUGUAAAUACAUGGAAAUGUUUUGGGCCCUUUUUUUGUUAACCAUCUUCCUUGGGAAAAUGAUAAAUGCAAUUAGCUAUUCAU